AAGCUUAUUCACUUUAACCAGAAUUUAUUUAGCACUACUAGUGGUAAUCAUCAGUGCAGAGAAAAGCGAAAAAUUCCACCCUCAUUACCAUCGCGGAUUAAUGUCGAUUCAAUGCCUACCGAUUUGCCUUCAACAGUGCGAGUCUUCUUGCCAGAAUAUCCAGUGUGCGCAGAACUGUCAGCCCAGCUGCAACCAUUUUGUUCCAUCUUUUGUUAAUAUAAAGGUAAAUAACAACAGCUGCAACAACCUGUGCAACCAGCAGUGCCAGUCGUCCUGCUACACUCCGAUCUGUGCUGCGUCCUGCCAGCCAUCCUGUUCCGUAGCCUGUGCUCCGGCUUCACAAUGCAUUCCAGUAUGCAUGCCAACGUGCUCGCCGUCCUGCAUCCAACAACAACAACAACCGAUCGUCGUGGUUGUGCCUCAAAACGACGGCUGCUCGAAUUUUUGCCAAUCUCAGUGCUCGUACUGCACGACACCCGUCUGCCUGCAGACUUGCACCAAUCAGUGCCUCCAGUACUGCAAUCCGUGCCAGGGAAGUUCGUGCAACAGCAAUCAACAACAGAUCAUCGUCAUCCAACAAGAACAGCAGCAAACCUGUCAAAAUCAGUGCCAAAACAGUUGUGUACGCUCGUGUCAAGCAUCAGUACCAGUACAGCAGUGCCAAACGAUUUGCCAGCAAACUUGCCAAGAAACUUGCCAGCAAGCCUAUCAGAUUGUGAUUCCAUGUCAACAAACGAGCUCCGGUUGUGGCUGUUCCUCUGGCUACAUCCAAUGUGGUGGUUCGUGUUGCCGUCGACGUAAAGUCUAG